AUGUCAGACAACUGGGACCGCUACUACUCACCGACAUCUGUGGCAGAGAUGCCAGUGUUUUACACUGCACUCGCUGUCAGCCUGACCAAUAUCCCGAUUAUCGGAUAUGCGAUACACAAUCGUGACUACUUGCCAAUUAAGAGCAAGAACGUGUGGAUUGUGGCCGGGAUUGGGCUUGGCAGCACGAUCUUCAACGUGUCGUUCAACAUCCUCAACGGAAUGAUGGGAUUUGAAGGCGUGCUCGGCUAUUGUCGGUUCUGGACAGCGUGGAUGAUGAGCACACUGGGGCUUGGUUUGUUCCUGAGCCCAAUGAACAUGCGGCUGAUCAUCUACUACCGUGUGUUUGUGAAACGGCGGACACACAGCUACACGCACUUCACUAUGGCCAAGUUCCUAAGGCGGUACUGGCCGUUUUUCGUGCUAUGGAUGCCAGUAGUGGUAUCGAGCAUUGUGGCAUCGGUGCUGCCGGCAUAG